CCGUGUGCCUCGUUGCUCCGUUCCUCCUCCGCGUUUCAGUCGAUGGCGCCAGGAACUUUCUGUCACCUCGAAAAUAAACACACCGGUGAACCAGCUAAGAUUUCCACCGCGAAUAUCGUGCCGGAUCUACGGGAGUUGCGGUCGACUCACCUGUCGGCGGCGGUGUCGCAGUUCGAAAGAGCGCGGAAUUGCGUUAGAAGUCGCGUGUAGGUGAUAUUCGAUCGAAGGAAAUUCGAUCGCGAUUGACGUCGCGCGUGAAAACGGGAUCGAUGCGGUGCGUCAGCGAUCGAGUGGGUUCGAUUCAAGGGAAUCGCGGUGGAAUCGGAUCAAGGAAUCGUCCCGAGGUUACUCGAAUUCGCCGGUAAAAGAAUUGCCGUAAGCCGAGGAAAUCGCAUCGUGACCGAAAUCCCGCCUAAAAUUCGGCUGAAAGCACCGAGCGGGGUCUGCCGCGGAAUCGAGCGCGUGUAAACCUGGAUGGAAAGCGAGUCGCGCGAAUCGGAUCUUUAAUAUUCGAAACCGCGACAGAGAAGGAAGGGGUACCUGGUCGAACGGUGAAAUCGAAGAUGCAGCGAGAGCUCGAAUCGAAGUUCAAAGGAUAUACCAGCGGUGUCUAUUAAGCGUUUUGCUCUCGCGUUACGCCCGUGGAAAGUCAAACACAACGUUGGAGAGGUGGAGAGAGAAGGGAAGAACGUUGUUCACCGCGACUUUCACGUCGAGCUGUUUCUUGUCGAUCGCCUUGCGAAAAUCCAGCCUUAUUCUCUCUGCUCUCUGUUGACGAAAAGUUUCUUCGACAGACACUGUUCGCCUGAAACAAGCUGAACAUUCGUAAACAAUCGGCAUAAAGCUGUGCCGAAGAUGAAGAAGAAGACGAAGUGGGGAUCGUUAAAUCCGAAAGUUCGUAUUAAUUGAAUUGUUCUCAAGACACACGGUUCCGCGGGAGUUUCUCGAUCGUUGAUUUUUCAACGAGAAACGACUCGUUCGCCAAGUCGAACUGAAUUUUUUCAGUGAAAUCGUCGCCGCUUUUUUGGCUCUGAUCUCGAUUUCGAGAAAGCGCGCGCAUUGAUUCUAAAUUGAAACGUAACGAAUCGAUGGAAGUCGAUCGGAAGGUAGAAACAAGGUGUACGAAGAAGAAACACCGCUUGUGCAACGGAUCGUCCAUAAAAAGAAACUGCCAAAGCAAUGAAACAACCAUAAAAUACAAUCGCGUCGAAGGCGAUAUAAGAAACAGACAAUGUUCGGUAUAAUCGGCCGCUUAUUAACCGGUAAAAACAAGAUCGUUAUGGUUUGGUAAUAAAGCGAACAAAUCUCUGCAAUUUAUCGUUUGAAGGAGUGUUAAUUUCGUUCGACAUCGAACUUUAUUUGAAAGCAAUCUUUGCCUCGACGAGUAUCUCAUUGUUUGAACGAAGGAAGAAAAAGGAAACUCGAAGUCCAUCUGGUCAUCGAUUAUCGAACAGAAUAUAAUUAGUGGAAGAUGCUCCUUCCGCGUGGACUUUAGAACGGCUUAUAAUUCUAAUGAUAUCGAAUUAUUUACAUCGAACAAAUCCACGAUCGAACGGUUGAAAAUUAUCCAGAAGAAGGAUGAACGAUGAAAAAUUGGGCGACCUGUACCUUGAUUGGACCUGGCAGCCAUAAAGUUAUGGUAAUCACUCGUAUUAUCGCGAUGGCUCGUGCGUCAUAAGGCUUCGACUGUCGUUGGAACGGUGACAUCAAUUUAGAAAACUGUCGACCGCGGCUAAAUCUAAUUAUUUAACGAGCGAGUGGGCGUAAUGCGGUGCCGAGCGGCGACGCGAAAUCGUGCGGAAGAAGACCGACGUGUACCCCUCGUUUCCCUGAAAACGGAUUCCCUGUUGUUUCGCUGGCGAACAAACGGGAUUUUAGUGCUGUCCAAUCGGCGUGUCGUGCUGCUGGUGUCGUUGUUCCUCGCUCUUUUUUCGCGAACGUGCUGUGUUUAACAACCUCGAGUGACGAUACCUGGAUAUUUCAGUAUAUUUUCGGAGGUCUAUUGGGUACCGAAAUGUAUCUUGGAUAAGUAAGACGCUUCCGACAUUGGCUGAUAAACCAAAGAACACUGUGAUAACAGCAGAUUGAACUGUAAUUAAGGGGAAAAAAUGAACCACGAUACCGUGAGUGAAAACAGUGAGACUGCAUCCAGUGAUAAGAAUCGGUUCGACGGUGAUCAGUGAAAACGAUCAUGUUCACGAUGAUCGAGCCGAGAAGCGACAGGGUGUCCAACACCCAAACGAAACACCAUUGUUACCAAGUGAUAAGAACGACCAGGGUGCAUCAGAGUUCACGAAGCUCGAGGAUGGUCACCGUUCAAGAGAAGGUCAUCAGAUCGCGGCUGCAGUUGGGAUAUUCCACUCCUACCAACUUCAUUAACCGCUUCCCGCAAAAAAUGGAGAGGCCGUCCCAGCACGCGGCGAACGUGAACCAGGUGCACAGCGGCGGCAUGCACGGGGUGUACUCGUCCGGCAGCCAAACAUCCCUGACGACCUCCUACAUCACGGGACAGUCAUACGUACAAAAUCAAAAUUACGCUCACGGCCCGUACAAUUCAUCGUCGAACGUUCGGGUUUACGCUCACGCGGGUUACAAUCAGCCCCAAAGCUACGGCACCAUGGUGCAGGGCUACGGUGGUCAACCUCAGGCAACAGGGUAUCAACAGAAUCACCUUAAAAAAGGACCUGUACGUAACGGAGACGUGCUGAAGAGAUGCCGGCUGCAGACUGCAUACGAGCUGUCUCAGGAUCUCUUAGACAAGCAGAUCGAGAUGCUGGAGCGAAAGUAUGGCGGUGUGAAGGCGAGGAACGCCGCAUUAACCAUCCAGCGCGCUUUCAGGAGAUACACGUUGUUGAAGAAAUUCGCGGCGAUCACCGCGAUGGCCAAAGCUGAGAAGAGGCUCAGCAGAAAAUUGCAGGAGACGACGGAUCGAGCUACGGGCAUGAACGAGCACGAUAAGAUGGUCUAUCAUAGCCAGAUUUACAUUCAACAGCCGCAGACGGCGAACAGACCUAUGCCUAUCAGGAGCAUGUCUCUGAGAGAGAGGAGGCACGCGGAGAACUCGCAAUCGCCGAUACCGCGAAGUCAGAGCGGCAGGUGCGAGGUUCAGGUUACCGGUCAUCAGCACGUGAAUCAUAAUAUCCAUCAGAGUGGCAGGCACACGCCUUCUCUGGCGCCCAGCCCUUGCAAUAGACAUCAACAACUACCGCCUAGCCCUUGCUGGGAGUCUAGCUCUCAGGAGAGCGGCUCUAGCAUUCAUUAUUACAACCCACAGGAAGCUCUUUGUGGCAUCAGACAAGAGACACCUCCACGGGACUUGCUUCGAACCCCGUGCACCUCGCCGUCUACGCCCCACAAUCUUCAAACUCCGAUCCCUCAAAAUUGGAGUAACGCCAGUCAUCUAGGGUCUGCCGGACGAACGAGAGGAUCCGCGAAAAAGGUCCCGCCGGAAGUGCCAAAAAGAACGUCUUCCAUUACAUCAAGGUCUAUGGAGCCACGUCACAAUGGUUUGAGCAAGAGCGUGGAGAACGGUAGCCUAAGCUCUGUCCAGAGUUCUGGCAGCGAUUCCACUAAUUGCGAGAGCUCCGAGGGAGACGCUCAAAGAGGAUCACCUGUGUGGAAGCAUAAAGGAAUCUCAAGCUCGCCGGAACAUCAAGAAUGCGCAAAUCACACUACAGAUUCGAGCACCAUGAUGAACAGCGUAAAAGAGAUGGGUCACUCGCAUGCCAGUUCCGGUUACCAACUUCCGUUGAUGGACCAUCCGGAAAAUAUACCCCAGACGAGUUACAAAGUUUCAGAAACAGUUAGGAAACGUCAAUACAGAGUAGGCCUAAAUUUGUUCAACAAGAAACCCGAACGAGGAAUCAGUUAUUUGAUCAGACGAGGAUUCUUGGAGAACAGCCCGCAAGGUGUAGCGAGAUUCCUGAUCAGCAGAAAAGGAUUGUCCAAGCAGAUGAUAGGAGAGUAUCUUGGGAACUUGCAGAACCCUUUCAACAUGGCUGUGCUCGAAUGCUUCUCCCAAGAGCUAGACCUAUCCGGAAUGCAAGUGGACGUUGCCCUAAGGAAAUUCCAGGCAUAUUUCCGGAUGCCUGGCGAAGCCCAGAAGAUAGAACGACUGAUGGAGAUUUUCAGCCAGCGUUACUGCCAAUGCAAUCCAGACGUGGUGUCCAGGCUACGUUCAGCAGACACUGUCUUUGUCUUGGCGUUCGCAAUCAUAAUGCUGAACACCGAUUUACACACGCCAAACCUGAAACCAGACCGCAGAAUGAGGCUGGAGGAUUUCAUCAAGAAUCUCAGAGGCAUAGACGACUGUGGAGACAUCGACAGAGAUAUACUGAUGGGCAUAUACGAGAGAGUGAAGGAGAACGAAUUUAAACCUGGAUCUGACCACGUUUCCCAAGUGAUGAAGGUUCAGGCGACGAUAGUGGGCAAGAAACCCAAUAUGGCUUUGCCACAUAGGAGAUUGGUCUGCUAUUGCAGACUAUACGAGAUUCCGGAUAUCAACAAGAAGGAGAGACCAGGUGUACAUCAACGAGAAGUGUUCCUUUUUAAUGAUCUACUCGUUGUGACGAAGAUCUUGAGCAAGAAGAAAAAUAGCGUCACCUAUACCUUCAGACAGAGCUUCCCAUUGUGCGGAAUGAUCGUCACCCUGUUUCAAGUUCCUCAUUAUCCGUACGGAAUUAGACUCUCCCAACGUGUGGAUGGAAAGGUGUUGGUCACGUUCAACGCUAGGAACGCGCACGACAGGUGCAAGUUCGUGGAGGAUCUCAGGGAAUCCAUCAGCGAGAUGGACGAGAUGGAAACCUUACGGAUUGAGACGGAACUGGAACGACAGAAGAGCAGUAGAAGUGCCAGAGGAGGUGCGGAGAACAGGGACUCCGGAGUGGCGGAUGUCGAGAUAUGUCCUUGCCCGGGUUCUUGCUCGGAGAAAUCAGAAACCACCGACAUGGACACGCAAUUGAAACGCUCUGCUCUUAGUAACUCGCUUCUGGAUAUACACGAGCAGUUUGCCGGUGAGAAACCACAGCGACGUGGAAGCGUGGGCUCGCUAGAUAGUGGUAUGUCGAUUUCUUUUCAAUCUACAUCUGCCAGCUCAAUGAGCCAAGGCAUUAAACAUCCGGGACAUCCUAUACAUCCAGGGGCUACAAUCCCUGGUGGUGCUAAGGGACUGGCUCAGCAGCCGUCUUUUUUAGGGGGUCUAUUCGCCAAACGGGAACGAAAGCUUUCGCAAUCGGAGGAAUCUGGCCCUUACAGUCGCACCACGGAAGUAUAAUAUAUCCUUCCGGUGCUACCUAACAAAUAACAGACCAAAUUGGAUUCCCACAAGGGGACGCAUCGCGUGUAGCUGCAUAUCAAACGCGUAACAUGCACUUAUCAUACGUUUAUCAAGAGAAUACGUAUACCUGUAUAUGUAACAUCAUAGUUUUUUAUAGCAUAUGGACACAUUUCGGAGAACCCAUUUUUUAUUUCAGACUAUGAUGUUACGUGUGGGGUAUAAAAGAAUCUAGAAAACGUAAUUUGAACGCGAGUAUAAUAUUGGCAUUUGGCCUAGCCAAAUUUUCAGCCGAUGGUUCAAUUGUCGUGCAGUCCCUUUGUCGGAUGAAACUCCUCUUGCUUUCCUCGACACUAGGUACAUUUAGAAGCUGGAAGAAAGAAAAAUGUUACCGGAUUAGAAAUUGGCAAAUGGAAAGGAGGAAAGAAGUAUGGUUCGAGGUGAAGAAAAAAAAUUGGAAAGCACGAAGGUAACUAAUAACAAGAUGUAAAUUUAUGGGAUUGGGCCGGAUCCAAUCGCGAUCAUUCUAAGGAGAGAAAGAUUUGGCAAGAUGAAACGCGAAAUAGCCCUUACUGGCACGUGUAUAGUAUUUAUUAAUCCCAAAAAGAAGUCGAAUCGAUACGUUUCCUUUCGUAUGGUAUUUAUAAUUUCCAAUGGUGGUUCGAUUCGCGUCGAUCUGCUCUGCGUAUGUAGAUAAUAAUCGUUUCGUUCACCGCUUAGACCGGUUUUUAAGCAUGUUACGGUACGUUAAGAAAGGAUUAUUCUUAACGCAACAAAGAAUAAGGUUCUUAGAGAGUGGUUCUUGAGUAAUGUCGUAUUUUUUUGCAAGUAUCGUCGACGUAGUUAUACUUGAAACGAUUGUACAUAAUAGGUAUAUAACAAUAAUUGUAUGAUUACAAUGAUAAUUCUGUAACAAAACGUAGCCUAAGGAAACGAUAAGCAAUCCCUCUCAAUGUUAGGUGCAUGUUGAUGUCUAACAACUUUUUAAUAUCACAGCAAUGGAAGUUUGAAUGUAGCAGUCUUGUAAGUAUUAACAUUUCAAAAGGGAGAAAGAAGAGAAAGAAAUGUUUUUUUUUUUUUUUUUUUCAUUGUUGCGGUACAUUUGUAAUCAUCUGCAAGUUGUAGUUCUGCUUGUGUGUUUGAAACUUGAACAAUAAUUUUUCUUUUCGUUGUUUCCAAAACAGCAUAAUUACGUAAAAAGAAAAGUGAUAGGAAUUAGUUGGUUUCUCGUCUCGUAGUACGUAGACAAUUUUGAAGAUCACUUUAAUAAUGUUAUAAGGAUAAACACGGGUAUGGAAACUCGUGAAUAAAAAGAGGACAACUUGUAUGCCUUAUAUACUGCCACAAUUUUAUCAUUAGGGGAUGAGAAACUGAUUAAUCACUUUAUAUAUUAGAUAGUAGAGAAUUUUCAAACGCUGCGGAAUUACAUUGGAAAAGUGAAUAUCUUGUAUAUAUCAAGCGAUCGCAAUACCAAGUAAUAGUAAUAAAAUAUACAUAUAUAUAAUUCAUUAAUUUCAAUUCAAAGUGACUAAUCAGUGAAGUUUCAUACACUGUACAUUACACAAUUCAUUUCGGACUUUGGGAGUUUCUUUGUAUUCUCAUUGUAAAACACAUUUUUUAUAAACCAUCAAAUUUAUUUUCAUAGUUUUUUAACAAUCCUGAAACGGAAGUGAUCCACUUUUUUGCACUGCUGUUGGAGAGCACUCUAACAUCUGUUUCCAAAUUCUAUUUUCUUGACUAAUUUAUUUGACCCUUCAGCUGCUACAAAGUUACUUAAGUAACUGCUUGUUUUAUUCAGCAGAAGUCUUCGGAAAAAGAUACUUGUUAACUAAUAAUAAAUAGAAUUAAUAAGGGCAGCUAAGAAUUCCUACAUUUUACCUUUCAUACUAACUCUGGCUGCUACAAAAUAAGUAAAACGUUUGUUGUUCAAUUGUUAUAAAAUUGAGAAAAUACUUAAUCACGUUCUUGAAAUAAUGAAAUAAAUCUCACAAGGAUGAACGUCCUUCGCAGCUGAGGGAUUAAAGAAAGAUGAUAACUGAAGCACAACUUAAACCAACUUAAAGUUGACAAAGUGUUCGCCAUGAAUGUACAUAUACUCCCAAUGAUCCGUAACAGUCUGUAGUCUUCAGCGUUAUUAAUUCUAGUCUUUCUCAUCAGGAGAAUUCUCCGGUAUGCUGUAAUAUCGCGAAAGAAACAAUUCCAUAAACAAAAACGUCAGGUAAAACCUUGAUGUAGCUCGUAAGGAUGUGGAUACAAUAAAGAAUGUGAGAUCAACCAUAACUUAGGAUCGCGUCAAUUUGCGUGACGAAUAAGCAAAUUUGGAAUAACCAGAAUAAAUGUCAACUUAUGGAAA